UCAGCACACCCACGCAUUGACUUGAGUCUGGAGUCUAGAGUAGAGCAAUCAAGCAAGCGAGCGAGAGCAUCUUGACCUGUAGCCUGCUGCCUGCCGCGCGCGUUGCAGCGGCUAGCUAGCGGCCGUCCAUGACGUUGAAGCGGCCGCUGGAGGGCGGCGGCGGCGAUGGCGAUGGCGGAGGGGUCUCGCCUUCGCCGCCGCGUUCGCCGGCGCUGAAGAAGAGGUGCCGCUCCUUCGACCUAGAGAUCAGGGGGUGCAGGCACCUGGAGGAGCUGGUCACCAGCUGCGUGCAGAGGAUGGAGGCAGCGGUUGAGGCCGUGGUUGAGUCCGCUAUCAGCCGGAUACCAGCAGUGGUGACUAAAGCACUUGCAGGCUACUUAAGCAGUGCUCCUAGUUUGGGCAGAACACGGGUUGAUCAGAACCAGCCUCCAAGAUACAAGCUUAUGUUCAGGAAUGGCUUGAGCAAGGAUGUUUUCACAAAGAAAAACAUCUGUGCAGCAAAUGGAGAACCUCUCAAGAUAUGUUUGGAGGAGAACAACCAACAAGGGAACAUUUCCCGUCGCCUUCUAUCUGCCAAGAUCAAAAUUGUUGUUCUUGAUGGAGACUUCAACAGAGACAAUGAAGAUUGCUGGAGAUCAGAGGAUUUCAGAAGACAUAUUGUUCGUCCACGGGACAAAGUUGGGGCAGUGCUGACGGGAGAGCUGGAGCUUAGCCUGAAGAAUGGCCAGGCCGAUCUAUGUGACGCUAGUUUUAUUGAUAACUCCAAGUUCAUGAGGAGCGGCAAGUUCAGGCUAGGGGUAAUGAUUGUUGACGAGCUUGGGGAGCGGGUUCAGGAAGGCAUAACUGAACCUUUCACUGUGAAGGAUCGUCGUGGAGAAGGAUACCAAAAGCAUAUCAUUCCAUCGUUGGAUGAUGAUGUUUGGCGCCUCAAGAAAAUAUCAAAGGAUGGUAAAUCCCAUAAAGCACUAAAAAAGAGUAGCAUCUUGUAUGUGAAGGACUUCUUGAGGUCAUAUUACAAGAAUGAACAUGCUCUCCGCAAAGUUCUCACAAUUACAAAUCUGGUAUGGAGGACCAUUGUUGAUCAUGCUAAGAUGUGUGAUCCUGGAAAGGAGCUUUACUCUUUCGUCGUGGAAAGCCAUAAUGUUGUCCUGUUCUUCAACUCUUUCUAUCAGAUUAUUGGAGCGGCAAUCAGUGACCAGUACACCCCCUUCAGUGACUUCGAUAAAGCGAUGCAGGACCAGGUGGAACAAUGGAGCAAAGUUGCAUAUGAUACUUUGUCCUAUCGUCAACCUGAUUACGAAAUGGAUAAUGGUAAACCGAGAUCAGUCAGCCAAAGUAUUUCCAAAGGAUCGUUCAUGCCGGAACCAAAAUUUAUGCAAGUACAUCAACAAAAUUUUGCAGAGAAAAAUGUUCAUGAAACUCAUGAGGAGCAAAGUACUUCAGGCAGCCAUUCCAAGCAGUGCACAUUUAAAAGGCUUGGAUCCAUACGACUGACACAAAACAAUGAAGAUGCACCUUUCGACAUCAAUGUCUUCCUUGAUUCUGGAUCUGAACACUGCGUGAAUGAAGAUGAAAUAUCAGGUUCAGUGGUACUCCAUUGCCCAACAACCGCUGAAGAUGAAAUUUCAGGAUCAGUGUUAAUGAAACAAGCAUGCGUGACAAUUGGCCAUGAGGAAUAUGACAUACCUUUUGCAAACGGUGAUGCUUCAGUCCCUCUGUUUGAUGCAUCUCUUCACACUUUGAGCGCUUUAGCCGAUCUUCCUAUUUAUUCAAGGCACAGCAGCUUCAGAGACAGGGACUGUCACGAGACACCAGCAUUGGCAGCAGAAGCAGCUGUGUGAAGAAAGACAGGCAAGGCUGUUGGGCCAGUUCAUGAUAGAUUGCCAGUGGAUGAAUUCCAUACACGGAUCAUAUUUCUUCAAGACAUACUGAACUGUACUUAGCAGAUUAUAGUCAUGUAUUUUGAUACUUCUAUGUAAAGCUUAUGGGUAGUGUCCGUGACAUUCUUUAAUUCGAACUUCUGUUAAACUACUACUAUUUACUGGGCAGUUAAUAUUGUGUAAAUUCA